CAUCGUUAGUUAUGCCUGCUGGUGGAACUCUUCCAAGUUUUACCACAGCAGAAUUGGGUACCUCAAACUCCAGUGCAAACUUUGCCUUUCCUGGAUAUCCUGUUCACGUGCCAGCAGGUGUGACGCUACAGACUGUAUCUGGUCACCUUUAUAAAGUCAAUGUACCAAUUAUGGUGACACAGACUUCUGGAAGAGCAAGUAUUCUUCAGCCUCCAAUUCAGCAGAUAUUUCACCAGCUUGGGCAGCCUUCAGUAAUACAGACCAGUGUUCCUCGACUGAAUCCAUGUUCUCUUCAAGCAACUACUGAAAACGCACAAAGAAUAGAAACUGUGCUGCAGCAACCCACACUUCUACACUCUGUGCCAGUGGAUAGGAAACAAUUAGAAAACGCCACCAGUAACAUACUUAUAUCUCCUGGAAAUGAACAUAAAAUCAUGUCUGAAGCUUUGUUGAGUCAGCAGGAAAGCCCUCAUCCUCAGUAUGUUAGUCUUCCAGGUGUUGGAUUUCCUCCACAAGUCUCUCACCCAGAAUGCAAGGUGGAGCCAGUGCCCAGUGUUUCAGCCAGCAUAACCCAAAAUCUGCAUGGGGGGCCUCUGUCCAUGGCCCCUCAGGGAGUCCCCUACCACCAUGUGACUGACACACAGCCUUAUGGUCUUAAAAAUAGGAUGUAUGGGUGUGAUUCUGUAAAGCAACCAAGAAAAAUGGAAGAACCCAGCCGCCUACCUGUACCAGAGAAG